AUGCCUAGACACUUACUCAUUGUUCAAGAUAUACAUCCAUCCCCUGUCUAUUCGUUCAAACAUACCUACGCCAGCUUGUUGAUAACUCCCUCUAAUUUGUCUCCGCCUUACUGUACUGUACCGGACUACAUAUAUCCAUCAAUGGUUUUGAACAUGGGAAACGACUCGCCUUCACUUGUGGAUGAGCCCACUAUAAGCGCUGGCUCUACUUUGUCUACUUGCUUUCAACCUACUCAGCUGGAGGGGCACAUACGAGUUCCGGAGACGCCCAGUGGCGAUGAAGAAUGUUUACAGGGCCCAUGCCGCUGUUUUGACUGUACUCUGGCCUUGUCACUACCUUCUACAGCUUUUGUGUCGGGAGGCAUGGUUGACUCGGCUGUGAGCAGCCCUUUUGCAGGGUACUUCCCACAGCACUACAACAUGGGCUUCAUCGAGCUGUCAACCAACUCGUCCGACAUGGACAGUCUGCCCAAAUCCAUAGAAGAUAUGGUGCCUAUCAAUAGUUCACAGGGAACAACGGAGAUGAUCGAAGCGAUCGAAGCGAUUGAAACGACCGACACCGCUUCGACUAUAAUCCCUUCAAGUAUCUUGGCUGAUGACAGCAAGCCCGUUAAGCGUCGCCGGACCAAACCCACACCAAAGGCAAAAUCUUUUUGCCGUAACUGUGUUUGUAGUAGCUGUCUGUCAGAAAGUGCUGCCCUGAUCGCCAAGAGUAAGAGAAGAACGGUUCGGAACAAGUCUGAGGUUUAA